AUGUUGGCCAUCGGCUUUAAGCUCAGCGACACGUCGACGUCCUCGCUCCGCAGCGUGCUGGGCGAGUUCCUGCGUCGAGAGUAUGCGGACGAGACGGGAGAAGAUCAGAAGGAGAUGCACGAGACGGCGCUGGACGAGUUUGCGCAGCUCAAGACCGACGUGGAUCUGGUGCGCACGCCAUCUGCCUCCUCCCGCCGCGUGCUAUUGCGAUACUAUGCACAGCUCGAUAAGAUGUCACAGCGCUUUACGUGCGAACCCGAUUCGCUCUCCAGUUCGUCCGUGCGGACGUCUCUGCAGCUCCAGUUCACGUGGAAUGAUUCGUUCUGUCCGCGCAAGAAGAGCACACAGACUGGUCUUCCGUUCGAGAAGGGCGCUGUUAUGUUCAAUGUGGGGGCCUUGGAAAGCCAAUUGGGCGUGGAGACAGACCGCAGCACGGUUGAAGGACUGAAGACCGCGUGUCAUCACUUUAUGAGAGCAGCUGGAGCUUUCGCAGAGGUGAGAGAUACGAUCGUCGAUCAGACUGUGGGUGUCAGAACGCCCGACAUGAGUGCGGAAGGACUUGGAAUGCUCAUGUACCUGAUGCUUGCCCAAGCUCAGGCUUGUUUCUACGAGAAAGCAAUCAAAGAUCAGAUGAAGGACGCGAUCAAAGCAAAGCUCGUGCAACAGGCGCUAGACUAUUACGACUCAGCACUCGAGUUCUGUCGCUCGCCAGCGCUAGCAGGAGCCAUUGACCGAUCAUGGGGUGUGCAUUUGCAGUUUCAGGUGCAUUGUCUGCGUGCAGCUACGCAAUACUGGCAAGGAGCGGCAUCCAAGACAGCAGCACUGAAUCGAGGACAGGGAUAUGGCGAGGAAAUUGCGCGGCUUGUUGCCGCAGACACGGAAUGUAAUGAGGCAUGCAAUGUGGCAGCGCAGAAUAAGCUGCCAACGUCGCUGUCACAGUCUGCGCAGGCGUUGCAGUGCAUGGUGCGAGAGCAUCUUGCCGCAGCGAAGAAAGACAAUGCCAGCGUGUAUUUGGAGAAUGUGCCCAAGUUUUCCGAGCUACCGUCAGUGGGCAAGGCUGCCAUGGUCAAACCGUUGCCGUUCACGACUGAUGAGAUACAGCAAGAGCUUGGAGGUGCUGAUAUCUUUGGGCAGUUCGUAUCGAAAGACCUACUACUUCGCGCUGACGAUGCAAAACGAGAGGUGAAAGCAAUCUUGGACCAAAUGGCGGAGAAGAUUUCAACGAGCAAUGAAGCUGUCAAAGAGAAACUUCACUCGAUGGAACUCCCUGCCUCUAUCGAAGCGUUUGAAAAGACCGGCGAUAACGGCAUCCCACACACGAUAUGGCGACGGAUUGAAAAUAUCCAGUCAAAAGUAUCUGCCAUGUGCAUUGAUGCAUCAAACGAGAUGGUGGUAGCGGCUUUCAUCGAGCUGCAACUUCAUGGGAACCGAAACAUGUCUGUGGAGGCCGAAGAGAGGCUGCACAUGAUUGAGUCGUACCUGAGCCAAGAGGAAGUCGAAGACAACAUAUGUUUGCAGAAUUACGGUGAAAGGAAGUGGACUCGCCCAGUGUCUACCAUGCUGAACCAGAAUUUUCGGGCAGAUAUCGAUCGGUACUACCGGCUGAUAAUGGAGGCCAAAGUACCUGACGGCAUAGUUCAAGAGAAGCUCAACGAAAACCAGGCGAAUCUUAGAGCACUGUCGCGGUCCAAGGUUAGUCUUGACCAAGAGUUGCCAGAGUUACAGCAAGACAGCUCGAAGUGCAAGGAGGAUAUUGAGCGAGUAUCGUCGCUGUUGCUCCAACUGGGGCAGCUUGUGGAAGAGAAAGACCAGGUUCUCCGUGAUUCUAGGGGCUCUUUCGACAAGUUCAGCGCUCUUGUCGUGCUGCUGAGUGGAAGCGUAAGCAAAGAUGUCUCGUUCGAUACGGCGCUUGGAACUGAAAAGCAAUUCUUCCGUGAUCACUUCGAGCAGAAAUUAUUCGCUAUAUGCGAAGCAGAACAGGCUUUACUGACCGACCUGGUUGAGGCAAAUACCCGUUUCGAAUCGAAAAAAGAGACCGAUCAUGUUUUGCGUCAGCGGCAAAGCUUCCUCCAGCAUCUGAGCGAUGCUAUUGACGUUUUCGAACAGCUUGAAUCGCAUGUGAAAGAAGGCGCCAAGUUUUACGGGGAGCUUGGUGCCCGGAUCGCACAGUUGCACCAAACUGUUGCAGACCACUGUUCUGCGCGAGAGCUCGAAAAACGCGAGCUAGAGAUGAAUUUGAUUGCUGACGAUGAAAUGCAAAAGCGCGAGUCGAACGAUGCAGCUCUGGCCCAGAAAAUGAUGGAGGACAUGAACAUUCGAAAUGUAGAUACGAGGCCAAACGCAAGCGAUGAGGAAUUGGCUCGGCAAUUGGCAGGAAGCACGCCACAACAUUACCGAUCAGCGCAGCAAGAGUCAGUGCCGCCUUCGUACGAUUGGGCGAUAUUGCAGUCUCAGCAACAUCAACCGUAUGCCCAUGCGCCAUCCCAACAGUCAGGAGGCCCGCCUUCGUUCGGAAGUUUCUCGGCGGUAUCUGCUCCGCCUUCGUCGCACGAAGGAGCCUACGGCCAGCCGCAGCAACGAGGCUCACCAGGGGCAAGCAAUUUUUACCAAUAUCCCGGUCAGCAGCAGCCACAGUAUAGCCCGCUUUUCCCGCCUGGCCCAGCUAGAGACUCAGUGUAG